AUGGACAGCAAAUUCUGUCCGUGCAGCUUGCUAUUCAGUAAAUCAUCCUCGGGCUCAUUCUUCAGGUAUAAGGGAGCCAGGAAGUGCUUCCAGACAGCGCACUUUUAUCUGGAAGACAACGCCUCCCCGCGAGUGGUGUCCAGCUCGCCCUCCGCAGUCCUGUCCAUCUCAGGAGUCGGUGGAAAGGGAGCGGUGAAAGACCUUUUGCUAUCUUCUCCAGGUGAGCUGGAGGCUAUUCCCAUCAAAGAGUUUCCAGCGCACGUCGCCACCCUUCAUACCAGUGCUGGCUUUGCCCAGGAAUUUGAGAAACUCAAAGCAUUCUACGAGGAGGUGCAGGGAUGCACUGUUGACGUUGAUAUCACAUCAGACUGCUCCAACCACCCAGACAACAAAAACAAGAAUCGCUACAUCAAUAUCGUCGCUUUCGAUCAUAGCCGCGUGAAACUUUCACCACUAUUGGAAAAAGACUCCAAACACAGUGACUACAUCAAUGCCAACUACAUAGACGGCUACGAAAGGCAAAAGGCUUACAUAGCAGCUCAAGGUCCACUUAAAUCAACGUCUGACGAUUUCUGGAGGAUGAUUUGGGAGCACAAUGUGGGUGUCAUCGUUAUGAUCACCAACCUGGUUGAAAAGGGAAGGAGAAAAUGUGACCAGUACUGGCCAUCAGAGAGCAGCGAGGAGUACGGUGGCAUUGCGGUGACAUUGAAGAGCACCAAGGUCAUGGCCUAUUACAGCAUUAGGCAUUUCUCCAUUUACAACACCAGGGUGAAGAAGGGGUCUCUGAAGGGGAGGCCGAGUGACAGGACAGUGGUGCAGUAUCACUACACUCAGUGGCCAGACAUGGGUGUGCCCCAGUACACACUGCCCAUCCUCAGCUUCAUCCAGCAGUCGUCAGCCGCACAGAGCCACCUGAUGGGACCACUGGUCGUGCACUGCAGUGCUGGUGUUGGGCGUACAGGCACGUACAUAGUCAUAGACAGCAUGUUACAGCAGAUCAGACACAAAGGUUCAGUCAAUGUGCUGGGCUUCCUCAAACACAUCAGAACCCAGAGGAACUACUUAGUGCAGACGGAGGAACAAUACAUCUUCAUUCAUGAUGCUCUGGUGGAGGUGAUCCAGAGUAAGGAGACCGAGGUGGCUGCUAGCCAUUUCCAUUCCUACAUCAAUGCUGUGCUCACCCCUAGAGCGUCGGGAAAGAUCGGGUUGGAGACACAAUUUAAGCUACUCAGCCAAUCUCAUGCCAAGCAGUGUGAUUACUCCACUGCACUGAAGCCGUGUAACAGAGAGAAGAACAGAAACUCAUCUAUAAUUCCUGUGGAGAAAUCGAGAGUCUGUCUCACCACAACUUCUUCCGACGAGUCAGAUUACAUCAACGCCUCUUAUAUAGCGGGAUUCCGUCAAAGCAACGAGUUCAUCGUCACUCAGCACCCACUGCCGCACACAGUGAGAGACUUCUGGAAGACGAUAUGGGAUCACAAUGCUCAGAUCAUUGUGAUGCUGCCAGACAGUCAGGGGCUGACGGACGAGUGCAUUUACUGGCCACAGAAGGAUGAGGGGAUGGUGUGCGAGGCGUUCACAGUGAGGCUGAUUGGAGAGAGCCAUGUAUGUCUGGCCAACGAGGAGCCACUCAUUGUCCAGGAUUUCAUAUUGGAGGCCACCCAGGAUGACUAUGUGCUUGAGGUGAGACAUUACCAGACUCCCAAAUGGCCAAACCCUGACGGGCCCAUCAGCAAAACCUUUGAGCUCAUCAACAUAAUACGAGAAGAAGCCGCAACGAGAGAUGGGCCAUCAGUAGUCCACGAUGAGCACGGGGGAGUCACAGCCGGCACUUUCUGCGCUCUGACAACACUCGUUACCCAGCUGGAGAGUGAGAACACGGUGGACGUUUACCAUGUGGCAAAACUCAUCAAUCUGAUGCGACCCGGAGUCUUCACCCACGUCGAUCAGUACCAGUUUUUAUACACUGCUGUUCUCAGCGUGGUUAGCAACAGAGAUGAUCUGAACCCUGGAAGCUCAAUGGACAAUGGCCUAGCCCUGACAACAGAGGAGCGCAGCAGAGCUGAGAGUAUGGAAUCAUUGGUCUAACUGCCCCUCAUAUGUUUUCUCAUGAUACAGAGAGAGAGACAGAGAGAAAAAGCUCUUUAAGAUCUUAGCAAGAGCUCACAAAUACCUUGUGAUCUUCCACUGCCCCCCAUCCCAACUCCACACUGAGGCCAUUCCCAAGUUUAUCCCCAGAUUUUCCUUUAGAUGGGAUUGGGUUCAGAAGAGUAAGCAGAAUCUUUUGGGAGCUGAGCUGGCUCCAAGGACAUACUUAACAACAAAAUGUCG